AUGCAGCAUCCUGAACAACUCGUGCCCAGAACUCGAAUAGCGGCGGCGUUCGCAAAGGACAUAUACCCGCCAGACGGAUCUCGCGCGACUCUGCACGUCUUCAUUACCAUCCCACCGGACGAUAGCGACUCCGAAGAAUCACGCCGAGCCCUCCUAUGGCGAGUCGUCGUCGAGCCGGCGCUCCGACUUUCCACUUCGCAAUCCUAUGCGAGGAACGGGGACUCACUCGGUAGGUCAUCGGACGGGUAUUGGAAGCUCGAGGCUCUUUCGAGCCAGAUGACGGUCAUCCCAGUCGAUCGGCACGACAAGAAUCAGAUCGCGCGGGACUCCUUACGGCACUACACCUCCGUCCUCACGCGAUCGCUGCAGCCGUACCUUUCUGGAACCGAGUCAGGGCUUCGCUUCCAUCACAGCAAGAUAAUGGUACCCCCUCGGCACGAGCUCUGCGUUACCCAAGAACUGGCAGACUUACCGCCCGGCAGCCAUGGAGCAAACACGCCGGGCCCGGGCAAUAAGACAACCGUCUAUAGACCACCCAGCCGGAAAUCACCGCCGAUGCGACCUACCGACUUUUCGCCCCGCCCUAUCAACCAGGGACCCUCACUCUCAGACGCCCAGGACACGCGACCAGAUCGACACGCUACUAUGAAGGAUUGCAGCGCCUGCAGCCCGCGGAAGGACGCAAACAUAACCGAGCACGGUACCGCACCUCAACACUCCAACGGUACGCCUUCCAUACCUCGGUACGCCCCGUUUAGCCCGCACCCUCUCAUCACAAGUCGACCCGAUACUGAACCGACUCUCAACCCACUACAGGUCCAAACUCGGACUCUAGCUCGCCCGCGGCCUUCACACAAGACCCACAGAGGAUUCGACCUCCAUGUUCAAGAACUGGCUCCACUCGAACCCGCAUGCGCCGUAACGCAAUCCGAAGACUCCCAUCGGGUGCCCGCUCGCCCUGGACGUAUCCGACGACAAUCAGGCGACACCUCCGACACAAUCUUGGUCCCGUUUGAGGAGUACUUAAACGCCGGUACGCACCUCUCCCCGCCAGUCGAAGAGUCAGCUCGCUCACUCUUCGCAAAGCUCGCAAACUGUUCAGCAUCAAAACCGACACUCCCUAUGUCUCAUGCGCCAUCCCGGAUCUCGCAGGCGACUCCCGCGCUCGAUGCGCUCUCGACUCCGACUCAAGAAGCAGAUGCUCCGCCGCCUCUUCUGCCCGCGACCUACGGCUUGCCCCAGCACUCGACCAGCGCCAGCACGGCACCCCAAGGAUUUUCCCUGACCACGAACGAAUUUGUGUACGCCUCGCGCGUCCCUAUUUCACAAGACGAACUAACCGAAAUUCUUCGCUUUGCCAGGGAGGAAGGCGGCUGGACCCGUCUUUCCGAAUCGGCCCCAUCCUCAACGCGCAAGAUCCUCUCGCCGCAGCCGCACGUUGCGCGCGAUGCGGCGCUAUUCCUGAACUCACCAGAGGUCAACACGGUCCGUUUUCCUUCGACGCCUCACCCGCAGACUGGAAAUGUCCUCGACGCCCGGCACUACCGUCCGAUCAUCACCGAAAGCGGCGGUUUCCAAGAAGACAACGACUUUCCUGGAUACUACCGCGUCGGCGGAUGUCUCGUCCCUCUCGGCGACCCCCUCUUCAGCGAAAACCGCUUCAAGGCUCCGAUCCGUGCUGCCUCGCCGCCGUUCUAUCCGGGAACUAUUCACUUGAUCUCCGCAGCGGACCCGGCCUACUUCAAGCCCCUCUCGGCGCCAUCGACACCCGAACCGCCUACGCUCAACAAUCCGCCGUCCUGCACUUAUCGGAUCGAACUCGUACCCAGAAGCGAUCCUCGUCUCGGUGGCAAUCCGUUCAAACCGAGUCGGCUUCCUGGGCCGGGUGAACCGCAAGCUCCUCAUGAAGUCUCCGACUCCACGCCAACCAUGUUCAUCAGCGAAGGACUCUACCAGCUGCUCUCGGUCGGAUUCACUUACCGGCGCGCCGACGCGGACGGAGAUGCUGCCCAUCGCGAAAGGUUUGAAGAAGCUAUGGACCACCUUCGUGAAGGCGGACUCGACCCAUACCCGGACUUGCUAGGAUACUACCGCGACAACGGAUUCGCCGUGCCCAUCGGGCAGCCAUCAUCGACACCGGAUCGCGUCAAGCUUCCCAUCCGAACCGCUUCUCCGCCAGGCCUUCCUCGAUCCGUUCACGACCUCGCGGCUCAUGCUCCUAACGUUUUCCGUCCACUCUCUGCGCCUCCGACGCCGCCUUCCGACUCGGACACUUACCAACAAUCUCAGACUUACGUCCUCGAGCUGGUCCCAACGGACGAUCUUCGACUCUGCCGACGGAUGCUCCGGAGCAGCCGCCAGCCGCUGCCCGGAGAAUUACUAAAUAAAUAUAGUGUUGACGGGUUGACUCCCCGCUUGUACUUCGACGAGCGGGACUACGCUAACCUCGUCGACACGGUCCGGGGAUUGACCCUGGAACCGGCCGACGACCAGUCGGUACUCGACUUCGACGACGACGCGACCGACCCACCCGACGGAACCUCUCGACUACACGCCUCUAUCGACGCAUUUCCCGGCCUUCCUGGACUCUACUACCCAUCCGAAGGGUACGCCGUCCCUCUCUCGGAACCGCCCGAUAGCCGCCUACGCAUCAAAGUCCCGAUUCGCGCCGCCUCGCCGCCCGGUUACCCCAGGAUCAUCCACGACCUAUCAAAUCAAUUACCCCAGACUUACCGCCCGCUAUCUGCACCCGCGACACCUGAACCUCCUUCGGAUCUCUACCCUGCUUCUCUGACUUACAAAAUCGAGCUUGUCAACCAUGACGACCCCGUCUUGGAAGACCGCAUGCUGAAGGCCGCGUACGACCAGGUUCUCCCCGGCACUUCGCGACGACGCGUUCACACUCCCACCGCGGUCCUCUACAUCAGCCACAAGAUCUUCUUACUCAUUGCGCAAACUACCCGGCUCGCCAUGGACGCUCACGAUCGGGAGGAAGCUGGCGGUACGACUCGUUCGUUCUUUACCGACCUUCCCGGCAUCUACUACCCCGCCGACGGAUUCGCCGUGCCCGAAGGACAGCCGCCGGACAGCGACAUGCGUCUCAAGCUCCCCGUACGCGCUGCUUCUCCGCCAGGCUUCACGCGCUCGAUCCAUAACUUAUACGAAGAGGCCCCUCACAUGAUCAUCCACGACCUAUCAAAUCAAUUACCCCAGACUUACCGCCCGCUAUCUGCACCCGCGACACCUGAACCUCCUUCGGAUCUCUACCCUGCUUCUCUGACUUACAAAAUCGAGCUUGUCAACCAUGACGACCCCGUCUUGGAAGACCGCAUGCUGAAGGCCGCGUACGACCAGGUUCUCCCCGGCACUUCGCGACGACGCGUUCACACUCCCACCGCGGUCCUCUACAUCAGCCACAAGAUCUUCUUACUCAUUGCGCAAACUACCCGGCUCGCCAUGGACGCUCACGAUCGGGAGGAAGCUGGCGGUACGACUCGUUCGUUCUUUACCGACCUUCCCGGCAUCUACUACCCCGCCGACGGAUUCGCCGUGCCCGAAGGACAGCCGCCGGACAGCGACAUGCGUCUCAAGCUCCCCGUACGCGCUGCUUCUCCGCCAGGCUUCACGCGCUCGAUCCAUAACUUAUACGAAGAGGCCCCUCACAUGUACCGACCACUCUCCGCUCCCGCCACGCCCGAUCCACCGACUCUGGAAUACCCAGAAUCUUGCACCUACGUUAUCGACCUCAUCUCGAACUUCGACCCUCGACUCGGCGGCGCCAAGAUGAAGGCCAGCCAUUACCCCCUCAAUGGCUCGGACUUCUCCCCUCGCUCGACGGACGACUUCACUCCGCGGAUGUUUAUCGCCCGCUCACUGUUCGCUCAGCUCGCCUACGCCGCACAUCACGCAGUCGAAGAACGGGCGCGCACAAAGGACUACGACGAUACACUAGACCUACAUGAUGUCGAAAUGGAGGAGCCUAGUCUCCAAGGACCUCCCCGCGUCAAUACUCUCGUACUCCCGUCGCCGCCUCCGCUCGCCCUAAGCGGACCACCCUCUAUAUUCCAGCUCCCGAACGGCCUCGAUCCCUCGGUUAGCCAGGAUAUCGCGCGACAUCUUGAACGACUGCGACUCGCCGAAGGAUACUCGGUAAACGACCGCCCGCCGACGCCGCACCCGCAGGCUCUGCAAGGCGCCAUCACACAUCGUCUCGCACAGUUUCCGCCGGGCCACGCCCUCCUCACAGGACCCGGCAUGCCGUUCUAUCGGUGCGACGGCUACAUCAUCCCGAUCGGCGAACCACCCGCCAGCAGCCAGCGAAUCAAAGUCCCUAUGCGACUGAGGACACCGGAGGGAUACCGCAACACUAUCCACACCCUCUCGCGUAUGGACCCGACGUUAUUCCGCCCUCUCUCAGCGCCAUCGACACCCGAGCCACCCACGGACGACUACCCUAACUCCCGACUUUACAAUCUCAUCCUUAGCGCCCCCGAAGACCCGAACGAACACCCUUUCCCCUUCUCGGUCGAGUUCUCACCUCCGCCUUCGCCGAAGCCUCAUGCCGUCAGCCGCGUCAUUCAAGAGACGGACCCAUUCCUCUGGAUGGACGAGGCCCUCUUCGAUUACUUAGACAUGACCUUCCCGCUUCCCCGGCACUGGACCAGGCGACUUAACUCGCCCGACGUUUGCUCGCCUGGACCGGACGAAGGCGACUCCUCUGCACUCCCGAACGUCGACGAGGAAAUGCUCCUCGCCGAGUACGACCGGCUCCGCAUCAACGAUCCUGAACCUACCGACCAUCGCCCAGACGAUCGCCGCAAAUCUGUGCCCACCGACGCCGAGUACGUCGUCUCUUCCUGGAUUCCUACCGACAUCACUUACCCCGACUCUUGCAAAAAACUCAGCGACUCCGACAUCUCUUAUUCCGACAGCUCUUCCUCGACCAGUUCGAUCUCCUUCGCGGCCCCUCGCCGAUCUCUCGCCAACAUUCUUCGAUCAGUCAACAACCGGAUGGCCCACCUCGGAGAAGCCAUGCAGUUCACCGUCGCCGCCGUCGCUACGCUCCUAUCCAGUCACGCCGCCUUCUAUCGUGCCGCCCAGAACAACCACUUCGACCUCGAAACUAACCUCACCUCGAUCUACGACACCGUCGAAACCGCCGCCCGUACAAUCCGCGAAACCGACACGGAUCAUCAAAUGUCGAUGGACCGAAUCGCCCGCGACCUCCUCGACCUCCAGCUCGACAUUGGCGCAAUCCGAACGAAUGUCGAGGCCUGGAACUGGACACCCGAAGAUGCCGACGAGGCAGAUGGCAAGGAACUUAGCCCGCUCUCGUCCAGCCCCGACACCUCGUCCGACAUGGAAUUAUCCGCCGCCAACUUCAACGAUGUCCAGCCAUGA